AAGACGCGGUUGGUGCUCCGGACCCAAUACGGGACUCUUCCCUUUAUUUUCACUCCCGCUUUUUCGACCCCGUUUUUGUGCAGCGAAAGGGCACGGGAGCAUGGGUUCCGCGAGCGGAAGCAAACCUCCUUCGAAGCCAAUGAGGAGAGAAAUUGCCUUCUCGUCUCUUUCCCCUUCAAAUCCCAACGGAGAAACGACGUUAAACACAAACCCUAAACCUAAAUUUGACCCGAUUUGCCCCGGACCUCGCCCUCCCGGCCGUUACCGGCGGACCUGACGCUGGAUCCAUUGCCAUGUCGAUCGAUGGAGCGGAGGAGGACGAUGUGUUUGCUGGAGCGGAGUUUCUUUCAAGGGAGGAGGUCCUCCGGCGCCGAUCUCGCCGACUGAAGCAGCUGAAUCGGUGCUAUCGUAAGCAUUAUUGGGCGCUUAUGGAGGAGAUUAGGGUCAAGCAUAGGGACUAUUAUUGGGAGUUUGGGAAGAGUCCAGUCGAGGAGGACAACGCUGCCACUGCACCCGGGGCGGGGACUGGCGAAGCAGGGUUAGGGCAAGCCGAAGGGGAAAAUGGGAGUUCUUCAAAGGGCGAGAGAAAGCGGUGCGCUUGCGCUGGGUGCAAAUCAAAGGCCAUGCCACUAACUAAUUAUUGCCAUCCUCACAUUCUCUUCGAUACUAAUCAGACUCUAUAUAAGGCUUGCAACCAUGUUAUUAAGAGCACAAACAACGUUCCCCAAAUCUGCGCCAAACCUGUUCUUAGAGCUGCAUCCCCAUCUCUAUGUCCUGCCCACUUUCAGAGGGCUCAGAGGCAAGUUUCGCAGGCUUUGAAGAAGGCAGGAUUGAAUGUAUACUCCUACAACAAACCUUUUCCAAAGCUUAGUGUGCUGAUUUCCGAGUGUGUGAGGCAGAUUCAAGCUAAAAGACGUAGAAAAAGAUUGAAACUAAACAUCAGCGUAAAUGAAGGACUCAGUGCUCCAGACCCUUUCAAUAACUCUUACAUUUGUUCAAGAUUUGAAGAAGCUGCUAUCCGUCCCGUUCAAUGGCUCACUUCAAUCUAAGUACGUCAUUUGGUUUAUUAGCUCAAUAACAGCAAUUUACUUUCUAACCUGUAUGUAAAUAGGUAUUUACCUGUUGCAAUCCCAGAGGAUUCUUUUGCAUAGUUGAAUUAGCCACCUGCAUAUCAUUCUGAGGGCUAAUUCUGUAGCAUGAAAAGAGAAAAUAUAUCAUCGUUUUUGGGAGUGCAUUGAACUUAGAUAGUGUUGUGGAGUUAGAAAUAAUUUUUCAUUUUUAUAAUUAUGACAGACUAAAACAUUGUUAAAACAGGGAUUUAUAUACCUAACAGCUAAAUUUUACUGUUUACAUUUUUGCCACCCAAAUCUUACAUAUCACAUUAAAAAAAAAAAACAAUUAUUUUGGCUUUUAAAAGGUGAGAUACACCAUUUUAUGCAUGUCUGGCGGUAUAAAUGUAAAACUUAAAGUUUGGUGUUAGAUAUGCAAUACCAUAAUAAUUGGGUGGUAUGUAUGUAAAUCUUCCUUUUAAAAAAGCAUGAUUUCUAACUUGAGCAGCGAAAUGAGCCCUGCUGCCGUUAACCAGUUUUGAUGUUUUCAUUUUUGUAUGCGGCAUAUGCUUAGUUAGGUUGUAUGUAUUUACCUUAGGUUGAUUGCUCUUC